AAAGUAACAUGCCACAGACAGACAAGCAAGUAUGCAUUCCACCGGAGCUUCCAGAUUUGCUCAAGCAGUUUACCAAAGCUGCUAUUCGGACUCAGCCUCCAGAUUUAAUACUAUGGUCUUCCGAAUAUUUCAGUGCCAUGGCCCGUGGAGAAGUUCCCCCUGUAAGGGAGCGAGCAGAUAGAGUGCCUUUAUCAAACUGGGCAGAGCUUACUCCGGAGCUCUUGAAGGUCUUGCACCAGAGAGUGAGUGGGAGGCUGAUUGUCCAUGUGGAUGAAUUGGCCCAGAUGUGGAAGGUGCUCAAUCUCCCAACAGAUUUGUUUGACAGUGUAAUGAACGUUGGGCGUUUUACUGAAGAAAUUGAAUGGCUCAAGUUUUUAGCUCUGGCCUGCAGCUCUCUUGGAGUUACUAUUGCGAAAACUCUGAAGAUAAUAUGUGAGGUUUUAUCCAAUGAGAAUGACAGUGGACCAGCUCGCAUUCCUUUCAGUACUUUCCAGUUUCUCUACACUUACAUUGCUGAAGUCGAUGGAGAGAUCUCAGCAUCCCAUGUCAGCCGAAUGCUGAAUUACAUUGAGCAAGAGAUCAUUGGACCAGACGGGUUGAUCAAGGUGACCGAUUUUACCCAGAAUCCUCGAGUCAGGCUGGAGUAGAUUCUCAGUGCCUCAUACACUACUAUGUUACUAAAAGCAAGAGGAAACAGAGGAUAGAAUAAGAAUUUCAAAUAGGCCAGCCUCUCAGUCUCUUUUGUCCCUUUGUGUCCAUUAAUAAACAGUUUGCUAAAGCAACCAAUCAGAAAGAUGGAAACAUAGAUUGAGAAGGUGCCGAUGGAAUACUAGGGACUACGAUA